AUGUUGAAGGUUUCCUUUAUGAACACCUUGAAGUCAAACCCACAGCUGCCCUACAAAUUACUUAGUAUUCCUGAAAGUAUGCUUUUAUUUUUGCAUACAUCUUUUAUAGAGGUCUUAAAAUUUGUAGUAGGAGAAUUUAAAGCUCCUGCUGCAAAAAGUGCAAUUAUUACCAAUGAUUGAAUAGGAAGAAAUCCCACAUAGACUGUUGGAAAUGUUUUCCUGCAACAUGGUUCAGAACUGAGAAUUAUACCUAGAGAUAGUGUUGGAAGUUGUUAA